UUAGUAACUCAACCACGGUUUUACAAUAUAAUAAUAAAAGUGAACAAUGGUUAAUUAUUAGCUGAUGAUGCAGGUUCCCAAUAAAUGACAUACGCAGGACGCUCGAGGUUCACUUUAUAUACCACAUCGAUCCAUGUAUGCCUUUCAACCACUUUCUUUCCUCCAAAGCUCGCAGCGUUUUGUGUUUUUAUAGUUAUGAGAAUCUAGCUAGAUAAAUAAAUUAAGCCCAAAUUCAAUAAGAUCAGAGAGUGUUUAUAGGGAAAUAGAUAGUUAGACUUAGAAGGGAAUUGGAAGAUGAGCUGCAACGGUUGCCGUGUCCUCCGAAAAGGUUGCAGCGAAGAGUGCUUGCUGAGAGAAUGCCUGAAGUGGACAGAGAACCCAGAAGCGCAGGGUCAUGCCACACUCUUCGUCGCCAAGUUCUUUGGCCGUGCUACCCUCAUGUCUUUCCUUUCCUCCGUACCCCCCAACCAAACAUCCGCUCUGUUUCGGUCACUUAUGUAUGAGGCAGUGGGACGUACCUUGAACCCAGUAAACGGAGCAGUGGGACUGCUAUGGAGUGGAAACUGGCACCUCUGCCAGUUGGGGGUCGAGAAAGUUCUGAGAGGUUGUGUGUUGAGUCCUCUCUUCGAUGAUUCUGCUGCUCAUCCGGCCCAUCACCGAUCAACCAUGCUCGACGCAGAACUUGCUCCUGACAGAUUGGUGGUUGACACGCGUCACCGGACACCAUCAGAGGAAUCAGAGACGACCACGUUGGAAAGUACAACUGCCUGUGAAAAGAAGCUGCUUCAACUAUUCUUCUGACUCUUUCACAAUCAUCAAUUCCUAACUAGUACCUACCAUACCAUCUAAUAUAUAUAUAUAUAAUGUUUUCUGCCUUUCUUUCUUUGUACUUUUCUUUUCUUUUUCUUUUUUCGUUGAGGCGAUGUUGGUCCUUUUGAUCCCUGACUGACUUCAACGCUAGCUAGCUAGAUUUGCAAGCCAGUCUUUGUUGAUCCUGAAUUUCCUUAACAACAUUGGAGUCCCUGCUGUCAAGUGUGGUGGAGUGCAAUACUUGUAGAGUACUAUUGCUUAAGACCUUGCAAGAGACCAUGAAGUUCGGCAUCAAGAUCAAGAGGAUUGGAAAAGCCUAGAUAUAUGAUAUGAUUAAGCAGAGAACCCCACUCAUCCGUACGUCUGAUGAGACCGCCGCAGCUUGCUGAUUUUAGUGAUCGGAUUGGAAGCUCCAUCAAAGCUGAUUUUAUUCCAUCCAGAGUCCAAAAGAACCUGUUGUUCGAUCAUUCCAGCUUACUCUCGAGGAUCCACAACCCCUGAUGAAUAUAAUCUGAUAUAAUGUAGUUACCCACUUAUAUUAUGUUUUCAUUAAUCAAUU